AUGUAUGUGACUUCCCUAAAAGCAAGCAACACCGGUUUUGAUACGUUCGAGACAAGUGUUGCAAAUGAUUGUGAUUUAUCGCUGAUUCACUAUUCGGGAAUCAAAAAUUUGCUCGAAAAAUGCACCAAUGUCAGUCAAUUAUUGCAAAAGGAACUAAUUCAAGUAUUCCAGGAGGAAUACGCUGCCGCGCGAAAUGAACCUGAACUUCCUUUACCUUUGCUGAUUGGGAUCCUAAUGGCCUUUACUAUCAUGAUUCUGUUUGGAACCCUAGGUAGCGCUUUGGUCAUCCUAGUGAUUGCACGGAAAUCAGCAAUGCGUUCGAGGAGUAAUAUGUUCAUUAUGAAUUUGGCCAUCUCCGAUUUGACAUUGUGUUUGUUCACGGAGCCGUUUAAUUUGUUUCAAAUUUGGGCCACACACAAACCGUGGAUUUUGGGGAGUCUUAUGUGUAAACUUCUGGCCAUGUUUCAAGGAACCAAUAUAUUUGUGUCUACAAUCAGUAUUACUGCUAUUGCUUUGGAUAGAUUUCAGUGCAUCAUUUAUCCGACCAUGACAAACCGACGACCACACCAUGUGGUGCGAUUGCUCGUGCUCGUUUGGAUUGUGGCCUUCGUUCUGGCUAGCCCGUUGGCGUUUUUCUCCCACGUGGAUGAAGUGAAGGUUCAGCGCUGUACAGAACGCACGUUCGAUAGAUUGACGCAAAAGCUGAAAGUUAGCUACUACGUGGCCGCGUUAUUCUUUCAAUAUGUGGUUCCCUUACUGAUAGUUAGUAUUGUGUAUUGGAGAAUUGGAUUGCGCAUAAGAAAUCGGCAUUCCCGAGUCACAACGAAGUCGCAUUUUCUGCAGUUGUACGCAGACAAAGAAUUGGUUCCAGUUUCCACUCAAAGGGUUAAUAACCUCAAUAUAGGCAACGAUCGCCCAACAACCGGCCGUUUAAAACUUCCCAAACAAACAGUAACUGAUGGUCCAAAUGCUCCUUCUUCUUGGGUCGAUCGGUUAUCCAAGGGGCAGUCCCCCGAUAAACCACACCUCCUAACACGAUGUAGUCGACUACAGCGAGAGAAUCGGCCCAUUUUGCUGCUCACAGCUAUCGCUGUGGUAUUUGGCACCAGCUGGUUACCACUAAACAUUUUCAACGUGUACAUGGAAUUCCGAGAAAUGAUGGUGGCGAAGCAUUUCCAAUUACCUGGCAUGAUUAGUUUACAAAACUUCAGUUCAGAUACGUAUAACCAGACGGAACUUAUUAAAAGUCAGACAUUGUUGGGACCAGGAACUGUGCUCAUAUUUCAAACGUUUUGUCUAUUUCUCGUCUUGAGUUCCGCUUGUUUCAAUCCAGUUCUGUAUGGUUGGUUAAACGAGAAUUUCCGCGCCGAGUUUCGAAACGUAUUUCGCACUCGAGUGCGCUCCGGUUGCCUUGUUCGAUCGUGUGCACACACUGGGCAUUUGGAAUCCGGACAGUUUCCGGAUGCACAAAACGCACCAGCUGAUUUGAAUAAAUAUGUCAUUCAGUGGGUUCUAUCCCCACCUUACUAUUCAUCCUGUCGUAUAGACAGUUCGAUUAGUUCAGAUGAAGUUGUACAGAACAAUGCGAAUAACGGUAUCCAUCUUUAUUCGAGACCGACAAACUCAUUCAAUCCGGUCGACGAAUCGGAAUUUGUGGUCAGCACUAAAGCAGGCGCACUGGAUUGCGCGGUAAUGAGGAAAAAAUAUAAUCAUUCGAGUUUGGAUAAUAGUCGGCCCACGAAUUCGUCAUCCUCUUUUGCUAUGGAUAUUUCUGAUCGGAUAUUCUUUGUGGACAGCGAAAGUGAUCGGUUAGAAAUCGAACGAGUAAACGAGUCCUUAUUGCAAGCCCUUGCGCAAAAUAACGACGGUCAGGACACUAUUCCGGAAGUGGAUCCCAGACCAGAACAACAGCAACAACAAAGUUGGUGCUCAGUGAUAACGGCCGUGUGA